AUGCCUUAUUUGACCAAACCUCUGAUUCUCCUUCUGUGUCUGGUGGUCACCGGCGAAUGCCGUAAGCACGGCCACCGGGUGCGGAGGUGGACCGGCCCCGCGGAGACCCAGAAGCAUGGCACCUCCUUGGCAAAGAAGCCUCCAGAUGUGACCAAGGCUCGCAAAACAAAGACGGAGCAACUGCUCAAAGUGGACGAUCAUGACUUCACCAUGAGGCCGGCGUUUGGAGGCCCUGCCAUCCCUGUUGGAGUGGACGUUCAGGUGGAGAGCUUGGACAGCAUCUCUGAGGUUGAUAUGGACUUCACCAUGACUCUGUACCUGAGGCACUACUGGAAGGACGAGCGUCUGUCGUUCACCAGCAGCACCAACAAGAGCAUGACGUUCGAUGGGCGCCUGGUGAAGAAGAUCUGGGUCCCCGAUGUCUUCUUUGUCCAUUCGAAGAGGUCCUUCAUCCACGACACCACCACUGAUAACAUCAUGCUGCGCGUCUUCCCUGAUGGACACGUCCUCUACAGCUUGAGAGUGACGGUGACGGCAGCCUGUAACAUGGACUUCAGCCGCUUUCCUCUGGAUUCUCAGACCUGCUCACUGGAACUCGAGAGCUACGCCUACACGGAUGAAGACCUGAUGCUGUACUGGAAGAGCGGCGACGAGUCUCUCAGCACUGAUGAUCGCAUCUCCUUGUCCCAGUUCCUCAUCCAGAAGUUCCACACCACAUCUCGCUUGGCCUUCUACAGCAGCACAGGCUGGUACAAUCGUCUCUACAUCAACUUCACCCUGCGGCGCCACAUCUUCUUCUUCCUGCUGCAGACAUACUUCCCCGCCACGCUCAUGGUGAUGCUUUCGUGGGUGUCGUUCUGGAUCGACCGCCGGGCUGUGCCGGCCAGAGUGUCCCUGGGCAUCACCACGGUGCUGACCAUGUCCACCAUCAUCACCGGAGUGAAUGCGUCCAUGCCCCGGGUGUCCUACAUCAAGGCGGUGGACAUUUACCUGUGGGUCAGCUUCGUCUUCGUCUUCUUGUCCGUGUUGGAGUACGCCGCCGUCAACUACCUGUCCACCGUCCAAGACCGCCGGGAGCGCAAGAUGCGAGAGCGGGCGAGGUCUCAGUCACUGCCCUGCACCUGCGGGAUCUCUCAGACGCGGACCAUGACCAUGUUGGAUGGCACCUACAGCGAGGCCGACACCAACAGCCUGGCCGGCUACACUGAGGAACCGAUGGUGCCAGAGGAGGAGCAGGAAGAGCUGCACGAGGUUCUGGAGAAGCCCGAACACAUGGUGGUCCAUCUGUCAGUGAGCAGCGAGUCCACCACCACCAAGAAGAAGAAGAGCCUGCGUGCCCUCAACAUCAUCCAGAACACGCACGCCAUUGACAAAUACUCCCGGAUGUUUUUCCCUGGUUCCUACAUCUUUUUCAACCUCAUCUACUGGUCCGUCUACUGCUGAAAGACGCUCCUGGGCCUGAGAGAUUAACACACAGGCAGCACAGAUGCUGCAUCAGAAUGGGACACUAAUUAUAAGGGUGCUGUUGUACUGGAUGUCUGGUUCUGCAAAAUGCAAGUUCUACAAAAAAUUCAGCAUUGAUUAGACUUUUCUUCUUCCCCCCCCCCCCCAUGCAGCAAUUUGAAUGUUCAUUAACGCUUCAUUAAGUACACACAAAGAACAUAUUCAUUGAAAUGCUGUUUUCAAACUACUAAUUCUAUUUCCCUCAGUCUAUUUCAGCUCCUUUAACUGUCGAGUGUUGUUGAAAAGCUCCUCAUUACGGCUGUUCCUGCCAGCUUUGGUAGGUGAAAAAGUACAUUUUUGUACUUGAAUCCGACGGUUGACAGAAGGUUAAUUGCUGUGAGAUACUCAAUUGAUAGGUCUCUUUACAUUGAAUUGUUAGUAUGUCACAAUGACACAUGUUGGCCAUAUUCUUUAAGCCGGUUAUCUAAAAAGAAAUGACGUAGGCUGUAUUUAGUGGUGCUUUUAGCUUAAUGCUAAUGCCAACAUGCUAACAUGUUUGUAUUAACAUUAUGACGAUGUUUAGCAGGUAACAUUUAGCACGUCCACCAUCCCUGUAUGGCAUGCAAACAUUAGCUAGUACAGCUGAGGCUGAUGGGAAUGUCAUAGUUGUUCUGGUAUUUGGUCAUAAACCAAAGUAUUGUGAAAAUUGAAACUGGAUGAUGAUGGUUAAUUAUGUAUUCCACACAGAACAUGAAUGUUUGUACCAAAGUUCAUAAUAAUCUAUCCCAGAGUUGUCGAUAAAUAUUUCACUCCAAACCCCCAAAAAAGUCCUCCUCAUGGUGGCGCUAGAGGCAUACCAAGUCAGACCAUCACCAAAGUCAGUAGGAUUCACCAAGUGGGGGAAAUACAUGUGUGUAGAAUUGCAAGACAAUCCAUCUAAUAUUCUCCACAUUAUGUCGGUCUGGACCAAAGUAACCACAACCUUCCCUAGAGCUCCACUGAUAGCAUGGAUAACAACGUGUUCUUGUGAUGACUUCAAUGUAUCUUCAUCUGAGCAUUAAAGGCUCAGAUGCAGCCUGUGGUGUUUUCACUUCGUGGUCAGUCAGAGUGGAUUUCAUCAAUGAGUCUUUACUCUCUGCCGUGAUAUUUAAGUGAUGUCCAUCUAAAUGGAGCCCAUAUUUUUAACAGAAUUUCCACAAAAGCGUUAUUUGUGAUGUGAAUAUUCAACACAUUCUCACUUCCAAUUCAUCAAAUAUGGCAGCUUGGUCAGUGGCCCUAAAUUACAGACUGUGCUGCUCUAUAUAUCCCUCUGGCGUCAGAUUUGGACGAAUAUACACUUGUGUCUUUUCUUCACAGGUAUAUUUAUAUAUUUAGGUUUAGGCAACAGAACAACUUGAGAAAAGAUUGUGGAUGACACGGGGAUUUAUGACCCCGACCACUAGUCACGUGAGUCGUGACUCAGUAUAGUCACGACUCACGUGACUAAUACUGCGUUCACACCAAUGCUGUCAUUCGCUUCAUUCGCGCCAGACGCACCGGAGAGGGGGCGUGGCUUAUCUCUGGGGCUUAUCUCCUUGGAAACAGUUAUAAUUUCCGCCAUCCACCGUGGAAGAAAUAACCAUUACUUCUGCUUUAUACUUGUUGUGGAAAUCCCACAAACGUCAGAACAUCAAACGCCCUCGUGUUUGGGUUCAUAACAUCACCCGUAGGUGAAUUUCACCGACUACAACUGGGUGAAAGUCAUGUUUUUUGUUUGAACCAUCCACCACCGCCACUCCCACCUACACACUUCGAGCACAUUGUGCACUCUAUCUUGCGUCAAUCGCACCGAGUCAGUGGGUGUAUAUUGGAGUUAUUUGAAAGCCUGGCGCUGUGCUAUCAGACGCCAAGGGACACUGAAAAAGCUGUGCUAUUUGACAUGUUGGGAGUGAGAACAGGUUGUUACAUAAUGUCUUGGAUGCAUCAAGAUAAACAGUUGGUGGGUGCUACAUCUCCAGUCUGUUGCUAUUAAACCAGGAGAAGAUGGCUGGAGGAAGUAGAGUAGAGGAAAUGGAACAUUUCUAUUUGCUUCAUGUAUUUAUUUGAGGAACAUCACAAUCUCCUCAUUGCUCCACGUGGGUUUUUAUGGUAAAAUUGAUAAAGCAGAAAAAAAAGAAUAUAUUUGAAUGAAGUGAACUUAUGUUAUCUAUCUUCAGCACCACAACACAACUUGAUCACUUGGUGAAAUUUGGUAUACGUAAUGAUCUUGAGAUAACAUGCCUAAAACAAAUAUUCAGAUCAUGUAUUUUUUACUGCUUUUGUAUUGUUGUGCUGUUCUGAUGCUGUUCUGAUUUUAUGAUGAUUCUCUAAAGACUACAAUGACUUUUUGAUAAACUGGAAAUGUUCACAACAAAACACUGGAUUAAUUAAAGGGCCCUCUUAUUUAUUGCUAAUUGCCUUAGCAUGUGACAUAUACAGGGAUACGUGUGUUAUAAUAUCUCAAAGGUUUAUUGGCGAGUGGGAUAUUUUCUCCUCAGCUUACUGUAGUUAUUUGUCUUUGUGAGUAAACAGAAUGAGCAAAAGCUGGCUUAAUAAAAAUAAAUUCACUAUUAGGCAAUCACU